AUGAUGCCUUUUGCUUUCAGACAGCACGAAUCCGAGGUGUUUUCUGGCCAUAAAGCCGUAAUGUCGCUAUUCCGCUACCAGUCACCGCGCGACUAUUUCUAUACCUCACCAAUGGAGCGUUUCCUGGUCAAUGCGCUGGACAACGCAUUCUCCGAUCUUUCGUAUCGUCCGCUGCACUCUGUGGCACCGUACUGGCUUAAUCAGCCAGUACUCAACGAGUGCAACAUUGGUAAUUCGGUGGGCAAGGCGCGUUUCACUAUUAUCAAUGAAAAGGAUAAAUUUGCUGUUGAAGUUGACGUGGCGCAGUUCCAACCAAAAGAUCUCUCCGUAUCGGUUCGUGAUGGGCAGCUUGUCAUCGAGGGCCAUCACGAAGAACGAAACGAUCAGUCCGGUAGCAUUGAACGUCAUUUCAUUCGAAAAUAUGCUUUGCCGAAGGAAGUAUCACCGGAUGCAAUCGAAUCGCAUCUCUCCGAUUCGGGAGUGCUGACCGUUAUGGCAAAAAAGGCAGCAAUUGAUGCACCACAGACCCGGAGCAUUCCGAUUCGAGCAGCGCCAAAGGAACCUCUGCCCGGCGUUGAACAGAAUAAAAAUGCAUCAGCACCGGGAACACAGAAGAAGUGA